AUGGGACAAGGCGCCAGCAGCACCUCGGCGGGCGGAGACCCGACAGAGGGCCUGCUGCUGGCGAUCGCGCUGCGAGAGGGCCAUCCAGAGACAGCAGACCUGUUCCUCCAAAAAAAUCCGGCCCUGGCCUUCCACACCGAUCAUCGCGGCAACACGCCGGUGCACUUUGCGGCGCGCAGCGGCAGCGCGCACGCGGUGCAGCUGCUGCUGCGCACGCUGCGCAUGUCAGCGGCCAGCAACACCUUCGACCCAGUGGCUCACGCUUUGAACCAUCAGAACGCCGCCGGCGAGACGCCGCUUAUGCUCGCCUGCAGGGCCGGAGCCCACGAGGUGGUGCACCUUCUGAUCUCGGCCCGCGCCUCUGCACUGGCGCCGCGCGACGCCGCCGGCCGCAGCUGCCUGCACCACGCGGCCGCGGCGCCGGCGCCGGCGGCGGGCUGCGGGGCGGCCAAGGGGCCGAGCGGCGGCGCCAGGUGUGUGGACUUGCUGCUGUGUCACGCAGAGCAGGAGCUUACAGCUCAGCGCGCGGGGCAGGGGGUGGGCGGGGGCGGGGCGGCGGGCGGCGCGGGCGUGUGGGACGAGGGCAGCGACGGCGGGGGAUUGUUUGCUGAGCUGGCGGGCGGCGAUGAGGAGGGCGGGGAGGCGGGGCGGCAGCGGCGGCAGCAGCAGCAGCAGGAGCAGCAGCACCAGCAGCACCAGCAGCAGCAGCAACAGGGAGACAGCGGCGACGAUCUGCUCAUGCAGGCGCACCAAGGCAACGAGGAGGAGCAGCAGCACCAGCAGCAGCAGCAGCAGCAGCAGCAGCAGCAGCAGCAGCAGCAGCAGCAGCCUUCCGCUCUCGGUCGCUCGGCCAGCCCGGGCCGCGCCGAGGGCGGCGGCGGCCCGCCGGCGGGGGGCCCGACGUCCGCAUCAGAGGGUGGGAGCGGCCGCGCGAGCCGGCUGGGGGCGGGCGGGCCGCGGGGCCUGGGAGGUGGCGUUCAAGAGGCCAUGGCAGAGUUUGUCAACGCGCCCGACGCCCUCGGCCGCACCGCGCUGCACUACGCCGCAUGGGGCGGCGACGCGCGGCGCGGCGCGGCGCUGCUGGCGGCGGGCGCGCGGCUGCUGCCGGCGGGCGCCGACUGGUGCGGGUUGGUGCGGAGGGGGGCGCGCCACUCGCUUCCGUGA